AUCAUCUAGAAUCCUUGAAUAAUAUUUAUUUUAAUAAUAAAUCCUGGCUAUAGACUAGGAUUUGGAAAGUUUAAUCAUGGCGACCUCCGAAUCACGUUUUGACUUUGAAGCUUCGAGGGGAAAAUACUUGAUUAGUUUGGAUGAAUCUCGCAAGAAACAAUCCGUUUCCUGUCUAAAAAAAUGUGCAGACUCACUUGAAGGGAGUGAUGCAGAGAAGAAGACUGCGUUGGAUCAAGCAUACAGAAACUAUGUGAAGAAGCUUGUGGUCGGUGGUUCAAGCUGCAGUGACUUCACCUCCCUGGUCCACCUGUCUACCGAGGCCGUAGAGGCGGGUCUCUGCUCCCCUGCGACCCCGUUCCUCCUCCUGACCGACAUCUUUGAUUCCGUCACCAUCAGCGUCUGCAAAGAUGUCUUCCAGUUUGUGGAAGAUAGGGUGGCCACAUGGAAGCAGAGUGACUUCUAUUCUUCAGGAAAGAAUUAUCUGCUCAGGAUGUGCAAUGAUUUAUUGAGGAGGUUAUCCAAGUCACAGGACAUGGUGUUCUGUGGUCGAAUCCAGCUCUUCUUGGCCAGGUUCUUCCCUCUAGAUGAAAAAUCAGGUUUGAAUCUAAUGAGUAACUUCCAUCUAGACAAUGUGACCUCAUACAACAGAACCAAGCUGGAAGGGCCACUUCGCACAAGGGUCCCACAGGCCAUUGACAAACAGGACUCCAUGGACUAUGAGGAGGGGGAGAUGGGUUCUGCGACCCCCGUCGACUACAAGCUCUAUCGUCAGUUCUGGGCCCUUCAGGACUUCUUCAGGGCUCCCCUCCAGUGCUACACCAAGGAGAAGUGGAAGGAUUUCUCCAAUAAUGCCAUAGCUGUCCUCGAGGCCUUCCACAGCAUGAAACUGGAAGACGUUGCAAGUGGUAAGAAAAAGAAGAAGAGGCGUAGCCACCAUCGUCAGCAGCAGAAGCAAGGAGAGGAGGAGGAGGCUGACUCGGGUGAUCAGGUGUCCUUCGCAAAGUACCUCACCAGCGAAAAGUUGUUUGAUCUUCAGCUGAGCGACGCGAUGUUCAGACGCUACGUCUACGUCCAGUUUCUCAUCCUCUUUCAGUAUCUCAACCAACAAGUCAAGUUCAAACAAGCUCAUCAUGUGCUCACUGACGAGAUGUCCCUGUUCAUCAAAGAAACCAAAGACAAGGUCGUCGCUCUCCUCAAAGAAACCCCACCCUAUGGAGACCAGUUUACUGCAGGGAUUGAGCACAUUUUGAGCAGAGAAGAACACUGGAAUGCCUGGAAGAACGAGGGAUGUCCAAGCUAUGUCAAGGAAAAAGGGAAAACAGAACAAGCCAGACCAAAGUCAAGAGCCAGGAAGAGGACAUUGGGGGAAGAGCUGAAUCUAGCUGGAGCUGCCAAGAAGAUUGAUUUGGGUAGUCCUGAGCUGACUAAGUUAUGGAACGUUUACCCUAGCAACCUAGAAGCUUGUGCAGCAGAAGACAGGAUAUUUCUCCCUCAAGUUGAAGAAUUCUUCCAGGAUGCCAUAGAUCAGGCUGACCCUGAGGCUAUGAUAGAACCAGAAUACAAAGUGGUAAACAACAGUAACUAUGCCUGGCAGGCCAUACGUCUCCUAGCCAAACGCAGCCCUCAUUUCUUCCAGACGGUGACGGCCACCAACCCUCCUCUCAAGACGGUCCCCGGGUACCUUGAAUAUAUGGUCACCAAGAUCGCCAAAGAGUUACCCCAAAAUGAGGAGAGUAAACCGGAAGAACUGAAAACAGAGGAAGAGACGACUGAAAAUGAUGAGCUCUUGAAGGGCCCAGAAGAAGGUAUGGACAAAUCCCCUUCUGCUGCUGUCACCGAGGAGCAGUUCACACUUGUGGCCUCCAAGAUUGGGGACAGCUGGCAGACGCUGGCGGUCGAGCUCGGCUUCAGUGACGACGAGGUGACCGCCAUCCUCUCCGAGACGUCCGACAUCAAGGAACAGACCAAGCUGAUGCUGCAGCAGUGGCAGGACAAAGAGGGCGCCGAGCCGUCGCGGGAGACGCUCAUCGCGGGACUGAUGGAGAGCGGGCUGGACGACAUCGUGGAGUCGGUGUUCAUGGAGAAACAGAAGAAAGUGGAGUUGGUGUUCGAGGAGAAACAGAAGAGAGUAGUUGAGAACGGUGAAGGAAUUGUUGCAGAGUCAGAACCAAUGGAGAUGGACUCGUAGGGACAUGUGUGAACGACACAUGGUCACUUAAAAUUAUUUUUUUUAAACUCUUUAAUGGCUUGGGUCGACUAAGCAAACACACAGUGGACUGCCACAGUCAAGUUUUGUCACAAAUGUAAAGGGUGAAAGAAUUGUUGCAGAGUCAGAACCCAUGGAGAUGGACUCUUAGGGACAUGUGUGAACGACACGUGGUCACUUAGAAUGAUUUUUAAAACUCUUUAAAGGCUUUGGUCGACUAAGCAAACUCACAGUGGACUGCCACAGUCAAGUUUUGUCACAAAUGUAAUGUACAUGCUUUUGCCAUCACCUGUACAGAAAGACCAACUGUCUACAAACAACACUCUUUUUGUUGGUCUGCAUUGAAUAGAGAUGUACAUUGACACUUGUAUUAGAACCUGUACAUAAAGACCACCUGCCUACAGAGACCGCUUUUCUUGUCCCCCUCAAGUGGUCUUUCUAUACAGGUUACACUGUACUCCAUAUUACGCAGCACGUAACGAGUUAAGAACUGUAUCCUCUUGGGCAGUUGGCCAGGGGGGUGUUUCACAAAACUUGUCAUCAGUGACAAAUGACAGCUUUUGUUAUAAGCUACUGAAAUCCUUGCUUCUGAUUGGUUAUCAGCAGAUUUGUCACUGAUUUUUGUCACUUGUCAUUGAAAAAAGGCUUUGUGAAACAGGUCCCUGGUCAUAGUUGAAACUGGAUCUGCAGGAUGGAGUAUAUCAUUCUUUCAAAAGCAUUUGUUUGUUAGACAUGGGGAAGUAAAACUUGUGUCCGGGUAAGCCCCGUUUGGGAGUUGGAUGACCCGUCCAGCAAGCAAUAACCUCUUUAAAAAUGUGUAGAGGUGUUGUGGUUGAGUCGUUACGUCGCCGAACUGUCGAUCACAAGGUCCCUGGUUCGAG